AUGAAACUUCUUUCGAUGCUCGUUGGGCUUCCCCUCCUCUUGGCUGGCGUCGUCAAUGGAUAUGCCUUACCUCAAGCAUGCUCGGGAGUCUGCACCAAUGCGCACGAUCCAUCCAUUAUCCGACGCGACGAUGGAACGUAUUUCCGCUUCUCCACUGGCAACAAGAUUGCUAUCCACUCUGCUCCUGAUCUCACGGGUCCUUGGAAAUACCUGGGUGCUGCUGUCCCGGACAGCUCGAAGAUCAACCUCAAGGGAAGAGAUGAUCUGUGGGCUCCUGAAGUGAAUAAGGUUGGAGACACGUACUACCUGUACUACUCCGUCAGCUCUUUCGGAACCCAGAACUCGGCGAUUGGUUUAACGCAAUCGAAGACCAUGGAACCUGGUUCGUGGGUUGAUGCCGGUAGUAUUGGUGUCACGAGUGAUGCAUCCAAAAAAUACAACGCCAUUGACCCGAAUCUCAUCCAAGUCGGCAGCGAGUACUACCUCAACUUCGGCAGCUACUGGCAAGGUCUUCACCAGACGAAGAUGACGUCGCCCCCAACGAAGAGCGCUGGAGGUGCCAAUCAAAUCGCCUUUACCUCGAAUUUCGAGGUCGUUGAAGCUGCGUUCGAAUUCGCCUACAAGGGCUACUACUACAUGUUCUUCUCCAAGGGAUCGUGCUGCGGUUACAACAAGACCCGCCCGGCUAAGGGCAAAGAGUACCGUAUCCUCGUGUGCCGUUCGAAGAGUCCGACUGGAGGCUUCGUUGACAAGAAUGGGGUUGAUUGCCGUAACAAUGGGGGCUCGAUUGUUCUGGAGUCUCACGACUGGGUGUACGGCCCGGGAGGCCAGGGCGUCUACAAUGACCCGAAGCAUGGCCCAGUGCUGUACUACCACUACGUGGAUACCCGUGUUGGGUAUGCGGACGGUGACAAGCGCUUUGGCUGGAACAAGCUCGACUUCUCGAGUGGCUGGCCUACGGUGUAA